GUUUUAUGUUAGUUGAUCCAUUUCUAUUUGAUAUUUAAAAAUCAGUUGUAAAAGCUGUCCAACAUUUUCAUGAAUCUUUAUGCUGUCAAACCACAUGAGUCGCUAACUGCAGGCUGUUGGUGAGGCUGGUUGAACCUGAUAGACGGUGAUGGUGGUUGGACUGAGCGAGUCAAAGCUUUCACACGAAGUUUCUUAUCAAGUCAGUCAGUGUAGUUUAGCCUGAGCAGAUACAAUGUCGACACAAGACCACAGAGCGUCUGCUGUUUGCUCUGGUGAGUGAAGGACUUAAAGGCAGCUUGAGGACACGUCAGGUUGGUGGUAAAGAGUUGUGUCACCUGUUGGAGGGCUCAGCAGGUUUAUGACAGCCUGACAGCCACUGCAGGGCCUAAUGACGGUUCAACACAUCAUUAACAUGAACACUGGGCUUCCAUGGCAAAGCUCAGCCAACGUUUGGCACACAGUGUCCACCUUUUUACUGAGUAUUGAUGGACAUAAAUGGAUGAGAAAAUCGAAUGUAUUGUUCUUUUGUUUUGCACUUCACUUUUCAAUAAAGUCCACAACUUUCAAAUGUUUGUCUCUUUACUGAAGUCCGCAUGUUCACCUGUGACUGUAGCUGCAGUAAUAUGAAUGUUAGCAGCAGCUGAAUGUCUCGUCAUGUCGGCACACCUGCGAAAAUGAAAUGAGUGAUUCGUCCCGCUACCCGCCCAAGUAAAUAUGUUACAGUCCAGGGUUACGGCAACAGAGCCACACCCACCUCUACCUGCGAGUCAAACACUCCCUGAAGUAUUUCUACACUGCAUCCUCUGGAGUCCCAAACUUCCCGGAGUUUGUUGCUGUUGUGCUGGUUGAUGACGUGCUGGCAGGUUACUGCGACAGCUUCACAAAGGUGGUAGAACCAAAACAGGACUGGUUCAAAAAAUUGCUAGAACAUGAGCCUCAUCAUCUGGAGAUGUACAACCAGGGUUGUUCUGAGAGUGAGCCAUACUACUUUGAAACCACGAUUCACACUUUGAAGCGGCGCUACAACCAAAGCGGAGGUGUCCACAUUUUGCAGAAUAUGAACGGCUGUGAGUGGGAUGAUGAGACUGGAGAGAUUAAUGGAUUUAACCAGUAUGGUUAUGAUGGAGAAGACUUGAUAUCAUUUGACCUGAAGACAUUGACAUGGAUCGCUCCAACACCACAGGCUGUCACCACCAAACUGAGCUGGGAUGCUGACAAAGCCAAAUCAAAAUACAGUGAGAAUUAUCUCACUCAGAUUUACCCUGAGUGGCUGAAGAUGUAUUUGGCCUAUAGUGAGAGCUCUCUGCUGAGAACAGAUCUUCCCUCAGUGUCUCUCCUCCAGAAGACGCCCUCCUCUCCAGUCAGCUGCCACGCUACAGGUUUCUACCCUGAGAGAGCCACACUCAGCUGGAGGAAAGAUGGAGGGGAGCUUUAUGAGGGCGUGGAGCUUGGAGAGAUCCUCCCCAACAACGAUGGAACCUUCCAGAUGAGUGCUGAUCUGAAGCUUUCAUCAGUCGCACCUGAAGACUGGAGCAGGUACACCUGUGUGUUUCAGCUCUCAGGUUUGAAGGAGGACAUCAUCACCAAACUGGACAAAGCAGACGUCAGGACCAACUGGGAGGAGCUCAAUCCUGUGACCAUCCCCAUCAUUGCUGCAGGGGUUUUUCUUGUUCUCAUCCUCAUGGUUUCCGCUGGAUUCAUCGUUCACAAAAAGAAGAAAGCUCCUGACGAUGACUCUGAGGCCUCUGAGAACCUGAAUCCAAGACCUGAUUGACAAGCGCACUUGUACCACAUUGUGCAACUUCACAGAAGUAAAAGAGACUGAAAGCUGGCUUCCUGCAAUGAAGGUGUUAUAGUACUUAUACUUCAUUUGCCUAAUAUGUAAAUGUUCAAAGUAAUAGUUUAAUGUCACUUUAUCCAUUUCUGUUUGAUAUUUAAAAAUCAGUUAUAAAAAUUGUGUUCAACAUUUUCAGGAAUCUUUAUGUUGUCAAACCACAUGAGUUGUCAGGUGUGUGUUAUGAUGGUUCAACACAUCAUUAACAUGAACACUGGGCUUCCAUGGCAAAUCUCAGCCAACAUUUGGCACACAGUGUCCACCUUUUUAUUUUGUAUUGAUGAACAUAAAUGGAUGAGAAAAUCGAAUGUAUUGUUCUUUUGUUUUGCACUUCACUUUUCAAUAAAGUCCACAACUUUCAAA